AUGGAUGAUUACAAGUUGGUCAAACUCUUAAUUGGAGGAAAGAAUACUGUAGUCCAUAUUUAUACGUUGGGAUCGAAUUCUUGGAAAUGCAUCGGAACCAUUCCCUAUAAGUUUCCUUAUCAUAGCGGCCGGUCUGGGGAGAUCGUUAGUGGAGCUCUUCAUUGGUUAAUCAAAACAGCUACCAACUUCAAGGCUAUAGUCUCAUUUGACGUAGCCGAAGAGAGAUUUCAAGAAUUUCAACUACCAGAAAAUUUUCUGGAAAAGAAGGAAUCGCUCAAUUGUAACACUUGUUUGGCAGACUGUGAAGGUUAUCUCUGUUUACUUGUAAAUUCUGAUAACUAUCAAUUUGAUGUAUGGGUUAUGCAGGAGUAUGGAGUUCACAAAUCAUGGGCUAAGCUUUCUUCCAUUACCCUAACAUUUGUUGCGGGAGAAUCCUUUUACUCGAGGAAUCAUGUAUGGAGUUCAGAUAACAGUUCACGUACGCUUAGGCUUAUGUGUUAUUUCAAGAACGGUAAAAUUUUGUUUGGGUUUUGCGGUGAUCUGAUUCUGUAUGACCUGGAGAGAGAAACAUAUGAACGUAUUCGAACGCUGGUAGGUAAUGUGGAAAAAUAUGUUGAAAGCCUUGUCUCACUUAAUUCUAGUACUUACAUGAGCAAAUUGAAAACUCGAGGCGUUAACUUGAAACUUAAAGGAAAGGAUAUUGUAAGUGGUUGGUAG